GACAUACAAGAGAAGGAAACCAUCACCCCUGAAAGAGCAGAAGAGGCAAAACUGAAGGCCAAAUACCCUAAUUUAGGCCAGAAGCCAGGAGGCUCUGACUUUCUCAUGAAGAGACUGCAGAAAGGGCAAAAAUACUUUGAUUCUGGUGACUACAACAUGGCCAAGGCAAAGAUGAAGAACAAGCAGCUGCCAAGUGCGGGGCCCGACAAGAACCUGGUGACAGGAGAUCACAUCCCCACGCCGCAAGACCUCCCGCAGAGAAAAUCCUCCCUUGUAACCAGCAAGCUGGCAGGGUAG